AUUGUUUAUAUUAAAUUCAAUGUAAAGUUUGUUUUUCUUAAUAAAUAUCAAAAUUUUUACUUAAUUUAAAAUGUCUUUUAAACCCUCGCAAAAUAUUUCCGAAUUAACGGUUAAAAAACUUAACGAUUUACAUGCCGAGGAUGUGAAUACUUUAAUAGUGGCCUUGGUAUUGAGCAAAACCGAACCCAAUAUAUUUCUGGCCAAAAAUGAUACCCAAUAUAAGGGUGUCAUGAAUUUUACUUUGCGUGAUUCCAAACAUCAUGUGGUCAAUUGUAAAUGUUGGGGUCCUCGGCAGAGAAUAGAAGAAUACAAUGAAAAAAUUCAAAUAGGUGAUAUAGUGGAUGUUAUUUGUUGCAAAGUAAAUAAUAUAAAAAUUGAGGGUCCAAAUUCUCUACAAGCUAGAUAUCAACCAGUGGCCACUUUACCCAUAACCCUGGUCCUAAACGAUGGUCAAGGUUUUAUGGAAAAACAUAAUUAUCAUGAUCUAGAAAACUAUAAAGAUGUUAAACAAUUAUGGCGCCUUUCGCAUAAACCUUUAUAUUCUGUACUUAAUCUGGCCGAUGUUAAAAAAUCUUUUCGUGAUUCUCAUGCCGUUGAUAUGCAUAUGGAUUUUUUGGUUUUAGUAGGUUUACUAAGACCUUUGCGUGAGCUGAAGGCAGCUAAAGAUGGCAAAGUGCGUCAAUGUUUGGAACUUAUAGUGUUUGAUCAAAGUUUAUCCAGUGGCUUAAUAUUAACCAUUUGGCAUCCGGAUUGGAUAGAAAGAGCUCGAAAAUUGUGGCAGCCUUUAAAGACGGUCUUACAUUUAAUAGAUAUUAAAGUCAGCUAUUCCGAAUUCUAUAAGAGUUGCAUUUUAAGCUUUACUUCGAGAAGUUUAAUCUAUGAAAAUCCUAUGGGCCAGGAGACGCAAAUGUUAAUGGAAUAUGCUGAGUCUAUGCCUAAGGCAGCAUUCGAAAUGUUUGCUCAGCAAAGUACGGAUGCUUUGCCAAAAGCUGAUCAAAUACAAACCAUAAUGACCGUACGACAAAUUUAUACCCGAGCAGAGGGUCAAUUAAGUGAUACAAACGAUCAAUUUACUGCCGUUUUAUUUGCCAUGAUCACACACAUGAAUUUGGAUCUACAAAGUUUUGUUUUAAGCAAAAAAUGCAAAUCCUGUAGUCGGUUAAUACCCUGGAAUAAAACCCUUUGUCAAAUGGAACAAUGUCAAAUGGCCUUUUCCAUUAACUCUUCAGAAGAAAAUUUUGAAUAUUUUUUCAAUAUAAAUGUACAUCUCAGUGAUCAAACGGGUACGUUAGUGGAGGCCCGUUUAACUGAUAAAACUGCUGAAAGUAUUUUAAACCUAAAUCCCACACAAUAUCGUUCGUUAAACGAAAAAGAAUUGGAUAAAUUAAAAUGGUCCUUCUUAAUGAAUCAUUAUGAAGUUAAACUUUUGAUUAAGAAACCCAAUAUGUUAAGACGUAAAUUGGUGGUUAUAGUUAUAGCUAUGAGACCAAUAGAUAUAGAAGAAUUAUCCAAAUAUAUUUCAGCAUUUUAAAGAAAUGUUUAAAACAAAU